CAACCAAGCGAAUCGACGCACCUGCCUGCAAAGAGCGCAAUCAGUCUUCCAGUGCAGCUGAGAGUGGCUCUCGUGGCAUGACUACUACAAAUAAGGGAAACAAAGCCCUAAAGGUGAAGCGGGAGCCUGGUGAAAAUGGUACAAGCCUGACAGAUGAUGAGCUGGUGUCGAUGUCAGUGCGUGAGCUGAAUCAGCAUCUGCGAGGCCUCACCAAGGAAGAGAUCGCACAGCUGAAGCAGCGACGGCGCACAUUAAAGAAUCGCGGCUAUGCAGCCAGCUGUCGUGUCAAGAGAGUCACGCAGAAGGAAGAACUGGAAAAGCAGAAGGCUGAGCUGCAGCAGGAGGUGGAGAAACUGGCUUCUGAGAAUGCCAGCAUGAAGGUGGAACUGGAUGUGCUGCGGUCUAAGUACGAGGCACUGCAAAGCUUCGCCAGGACUGUGGCACGUAGCCCCAUGCCGGCUUCCAGGGGCAGCAUCACGCCAAUCAUCGUACCAGGAAAGGUGGCUGCCACAAGUGUCAUCACCAUUGUAAAGUCCAAAACGCAGGCACGUUCGUAA